AUUGCAAAGAUAUUGGGUGCGGACGAAAAAAUGCAAAGUGAUGCAAUACUUUUGCACGCGAGUGUAUUUGCCGUAACUUAAUUUUAAAAUGUGUUCAAUGUGUUCAAAUGUUUUCAAUUAAAAGACAUCAAGAUUGUUUACCUAAUUUCUAAUGCUAAAAAAACGAAGUAUAGUUGAGAUAAAUUAAGAAACUUGGUGUAUUUUAUCAACAUAAUAAGUGUAACAAAAUAAGGGGGUGCCCCUUAGGAAAAAAAAUGUUUUUUGAACCACCCUAACAUAUAGUGAUACUGGUGUAUUUUAAACAAACCAAGCAUUUACAUUCAGAAUUGUGACAUUUGAUGAAGUGAAACUGCUGAUGAUCAGAAUGGAACUCUUCAACGACGCAUAGCUCAUGUUUGGGGAUUUGUCCUCUUCGUUAUAUUUGCUAAGCACGUUAGAUUUAUAAGUCAUAUUAUCGUGAAGCUCAAGUUCUGAUGAUGGGAUCCAUAAGGAAUCGAGGGAACUCUACAAAUCUUAAUGGCAUUGUAUAGUGACUCUUGUAUUUUCAUCAGGCAAACAAGGAUUUACAUUAAGAACAGUGGCAUUUGAUGAAGUGGUAUUGCUGAUGGUGAUCAGAACGGAACUCCUCGACGACUUGUCUUUUUCUAAUUGAUUGUUAAGCAAGUUACCCCACUGGCAAAACAAGCAAGAUUUUGAAUUCGACUUCUACCUGAACCUGGACCCGGACGCGGACCCGAACUCGAGAUCGCGAAUUCGGACACGGACCCGUUUUCUAUUUGGUUGGUGUAAAUGGAGUUGGUGAAUUUUUUGAUUAAUUCGGGCGAAAACUGGAAGCUUAGGUAUCAUAAAAUGUUCAUGAAGAGAAAUUGUAAGAGAUGGUAUCAUUACCAACAACUGUGGAAAAUACUGUUUAAAGUCUGGCCAUCGAAACGUGAUAUUGACCUUGGAACAGAAUUCUUUAUAUGGCAACAGUCAACACUUGUCAAACCCUAGUACGUUGUUUGUCAAGUCGUGUCAAUUUUCGGAAUAACAAACGGUUAUCUUGCGUUAUUAUGUCGAAACCCAUAAAAAGUUCAGCUAGGAGGUUAAUUUAUACAAUGAUGUGUAAAUUUAAAGCAAAACAAGAAGAGCGAGCCUCUGCCUUUCGCGAGAAAGAACGAUAUUUCCAUGAAAUAAUGGCUGCCACAGAGAGGAUAAGAGAUAAAGCCGAUGACAGCAGCUUAAAUGAGUUGAAUGAUAUUAAUAAUGCUGUGAAGAGUUUACAACAACUAGAGGAAAAUAGUCGGCUCAAAACGGAAAUUCAAUUUGUGCAAGAAAUUUCUGCAAUGACAGAUGUUGGUACAGCUACUAUCAAAAGAAUAAAAAAAGAAGGACAGUCAAAUGCAGGUGUUUGGAAUACUCCCGGGAAAAAGCGUCCACAUAAACCAACAGUUGCCAAUUUGGAUAGUUUUGACAUUAACGCGAUCAGGCAGAAGAUCAAUGAAUACUACACAGUGAAGAAACAGGUGCCUACUUUACGUACCUUGUUAACAGAUUUAAGAGAGAGCAUAGGAUUUACCGGAUGUCGUGAAACGUUGCGCAAAAUUUUAUUAUCCAAUGGCUUUGAGUUCAAAAAAAAUAUAAACGAACGUAGUAUAAUCAUGGAGAGAUAUGACAUAGCAGCAUGGAGGCACAGAUUUUUGAGAGCCAUUAGUAAAUACCGCCAGCAAGAAAAGCCGUUAAUUUAUUUGGAUGAAACAUAUAUUCAUCAAAAUUAUAGGCCAAAAAAAUCAUGGCAAGGUCCAUCUACUAGCGGCGUGAUUGAAAAAAUUUCCCUAGGAAAACGUUUCAUUAUUGUACAUGCCGGGUCCGAAAAAGGAUUUGUGCCUAAUGCCCUCUUGGUUUUUAGCACAAAAUCUAUGUCAGCUGAUUAUCAUCACGACAUGAACCGACAGAACUUUUUAAAAUGGCUGCAAGAGAAAUUAAUCCCUAAUUUAAGGGAACCAAGUGUAAUAAUAAUGAAUAACGCAAGUUAUCAUUCAACUCAGGUAAAUAAACCACCCACAAUGCAUCAGAGAAAGGCAGAAAUUCAAGAUUGGCUCACUACCAAUGGAAUUGAUUAUGAAACUUACAUGUCGAAGGAAGAGCUGAUGUGUCUGGUGGACAAAUACAAGCCCGACCCAAAAUAUGAGGUCGACGAAAUUUUAAAAGAAAAUGGACAUGAAGUUCUACGGUUGCCCCCAUACCAUUGUGACCUUAACACCAUUGAACAAAUAUGGAGUUUAGCUAAAAGGAAAGUUGGUAGCAAAAAUAUGGGUCUCAGUGUAAAAGAAGUGGAAAAAGCGAUUUCGACGGAAUUUGGGACGGUAACUCCAGAGGACUGGAAAAAAUGCACUGAUCAUGUACUGCACGUGGAACAAAAAUAUAUAGAACGAGAUGGAAUCGUCACAACAUUAGAACCAUUCAUUAUAAAUGUAACCAGUGACAGGGACUCAAGCAGUGAGUCUGAGGAGCCAGUUGAGUUUUUGGAAUCUGAUUUUGACUAUGAUAGUUAGUUAUAGGUAGAAUAGUUCUAGAUUAGUUCAGUUCACAGCAAGGCCUGUUCACUUCCUAAGAAAGUUAUGUCCCCAAAUAGUUUUAUAAUGAAUAUUUGCUUCCAACUGUCUUUAUCAAUGUUCAUAAAAUAUAUGGAGGGUAGGUAAGUCUACCCACCAUAAUAAAAAAAAAUAUUUGUUAAUUACUCUGUCCAACUGCUGUGGUUAAAGUUCAUAACGAAAAUUUUAUUUAUUAAAUCUUUAUUUGAAUUAUACUGAAAACUUUGUGAAUGCGCUUUAUUAAUUUCUAUUUUUUUAUUAAGCUGUCAGAGUUUAAUUUUCAGUGUAUAUUUCUAUAUGUACGAGUAAAACAUUGUUUAAUAAAUAAAAUAAUACAAUGUUAUAAACAUAAAAUUGCCUUGAGAUUGAUUAUCUAGUAACUUUUUAA